AUGUCACGAAUGUAUUCGCUACUGCUACCACUUCAACUCGGUGCAGCAACUGCCGUGUGUUUCGCAAGGCUUUCUGCACCAAUUAGCCUCAUUGACUCAACGAAAAAGGAACAAUGGCCGCUGAUAACGGAACUCACUCCUGAGAUGCGCACCGAGUUCAAUGCAGUCCAGGCAGGCAUGGACCAAAAGUUGGGAUAUCGCCAAUGCGAUGUUGAGGACAAACGGCAAAAGCUGAAGAUGCGGCCAGUUCUGACGCUCUCCCAACUGAGCUAUGUCCGCCACGAUCUUCGAAUUGCGAUGGCAUGGAUCCUCCAGAGUCUGCCUUCCGAACAUUGGAGAGAGGAAAGAAAUGGCGGUGGUCGGCUGUGCCUGAGAGAAGCAGAUGGAAAUCCAGGAAACAUUCUGCAGGUGGCAUCGAUCAAGAGAGCGAAUUACAGGAAAGAAGGGGCAAGGGGCGUGGCUGAAUGCUAUCUCGUCAGUCAGCUGCUCCCUCAGCUAGCUGUCUUGGUUUCUUCCCCUUUCAACUCCCAAAUCCCUUCGGCACCCCCAAAGUUUCCAAGAAGAAUUGAUGUGCGAGUGCGGCAGAUUAUUGACGACAAGUUCGCAACCAACGAGUCCACGCUAGCGGCGUCAGUCAGGGCCCGCCGCUUGCUUUUCGAGGUCCCUCGGCCGACGGUCAGCCUGAACCGUGACAGCCACCGACCACAGCCGCCCGAAGUGUACCUCGGUUCGGCCUCGUAUUUCUUCAAAGAUUACAGAGCGGCCUCCAAGAACCCCCUUUCGCGUUUGCGCCAGCCGCGGCACCACAGAGUCAACUUCCAGUGGCUCGAUUCCCAAGCUCAUAGGAGACGUGUUGGCACCGCCAUCACGGCAUCGCCUACCAUCACCACCUUGACGAGAAGAAGCACAGACGCCUUACAUCCCCCCCAGCUCCCCAAAUCUUGGACACCGACUCAUCAUGCUGCCGCAAUUCCGCACAACAUGAGUCGCGCGGCCAAGGCAGAGCAAUCUGGCAAUCUCAGCCCGGUUACCAACACACAGGGUCCCCGGGGCUGGGCCGCUCUCCUCCCAUUUCCCCUUCUCUCUUUCGCACCCACCUUGGUCCCUGGGCCCUGGCACGGUGGCACCUCCAAAUCUCCAUCCUCGGUGAAGCCCUAUGAAGAACGAGUGGAACAAGGGAAACCCUCCCCUGGAACUUGUUACUUGUUUUUCUCACGAGGGCAAACACUAGGCAAAUCCCAUCGGUGCGGUCCAAGACUUACUCAAACCUACCGGGCUGUUCGAUACGACAGAUACCUAGUAUGCCUCGGCGACUCUAUCCAUCCAAAUCAUGGGGUGUCAAGCGGCUCAAACCCUCUCGAUCAUCAGAUCAUGGCAUCUGAGGCAGUUUCUUCCACCGCCGAGUCAGGACUCGUCACUGUUUCCCUCGAUUCCCAGAUUUUCUUGAUGAUCUCUCAUCUAUCACAAAGACCAGUCGAACAUCCCCAUCGCAUGGGUGCCCAGAACAACAUCCAGGAUCCUAGGGUAACCAUACAGAUAUCCACCUCCCAAGUCCACCUCAUUGAAAAACGGCCGAGUCAAAUCUGUAGGAGAAAGGAGCCACCUAGCACAGAAAGGCAAUUCUUUCGGGGCCAAGAGAACGUCUCCAUUAUAUCUGCGGAUGCGGAUAUGGAUCCCACACAAGCGCUGGACUCGACUCGCUCGAAAAGGCUGAACAAUCACCAUGAGCAGAAAAACUUCAACACAAUAAAAAUGGGUAAUGAGAGCAUUCCUCGGCGUUGUCGGCACACAAGUUCACUCACAUACGGAUACACGCAUCUAGCCAAACACUACGGAUAUUAG